AUGGACAGAAGCACUUUUGAGGUCCUGCUGCAGAUCACGCAGGAGCGACUCACCAUUGAAAGGACACCAAGGAUACCUUUCCAUACAAAGGUGCUAAUGGCUCUGUGGCUGCUUGGCAACCAAGAGUCAUUCCGAGGUGUUGCCGACCGUUUUGGGGUCAACAAUGGCCUGCUGCACUACGUUGUUAACAACAUCAUUGAACUCUGGGCAGGUGCAGCACCGGACUUUAUCCAGUGGCCUUUGUCACUGCAGGAUGUAGCCAAUGAAUUCUACCGAAAGUGGCGGUUUCCUGGAGUUGUCGGUGCUGUGGAUGGUUGCGAUAUCGCUAUCAAAGCCCCAGAGAACGCGCAGGAUACUUAUUACAACAGGAAAGAGUUCCACUCAAUCAUCCUGCAGGGGUGCUGUGAUAGCAAUAUGGCAUUCACCCAUGUACACGCAGGCUCUCCAGAAAGAAUGCACGAUGCCAAGGUUUUCAGUGCAUCAAGCCUGGACAAGCUAGUACAGACCUUACCAGCAAACUUCCAUAUUCUUGGCGACUCGACCUAUGCACUGUCUGUCGGACUCAUGAGGCCGUACAGGAAUAAUAGCCAUCUAAGUUCACAAGAAAUAAAAUUCAAUGAAAGACUAGGCGAAGCAAGAUCAGUGAUUGAGCGUGCGUUCGCACAGCUAAAAGGCAAAUUCAGGCGGCUGAAAUAUCUUGACAUGAAAGGCACUGCACUCAUCAUGAAAUAUGUGCUGGCAUCAUGUGUUUUGCACAACAUCAUACUUAUGUCGAAGGAUUCCUUUGAUUGUGAGAGCAUGGAGGAGGAAGGUGAUGAUGACGAUCCAUCUUUUGAUGGGAACUCAACAGCAGUUUCGGAGAGCAGGGGCGCACUUAAGCGCCAAGCAGUAAUGUUGGCUUUGUAGAAAACAGGCAUGAAAACAGGUACUGGCAGCUUCAGCAUUUGCACAUGUUUGUAUUAACCACUGUAUAUUGCAUUUUGGUACAAAAUAUUAGUCAUAACAUAAAACAUUUCAUGUACUACCCUUGCACAUUUUUAUGUCAAUGUGAACUGUAGGUAUAAAUAAAACACUUAUGAAACUGAGUACUUGCACCUCUAUCGUAAAGCAAAAUAUGAACACAAAUGACACUGCUUCGUGUGUGUGACUAGCGUUUGUACUUCAAAUAGCAUUGCUCUGUCGUGUAUUUCCAUCGAGAUUUGCCGCAACAUACAUGGGAACAGGUGAUUAGCCUGUAUAAAAGUCUUCAAAUCCUUACAAGAUAUAUGAAUUGUUGGUAUAAAUAAAACAGUUAUGAAACUGAGUACUUGCAUCUCUAUCGUAAA